AUGCAAGGUCAAAAUUGGUCCGGUUCGGGCACCGACCCACCGCAAGGCUUCAACCCACCAUUCUUCAACAAUGAUGGCUCUAUGAACCAGCAAGCCAUGCAGUCCAUGUUUCAAAGCAACGCACCCAACGACAUGACCACCCAGCAUUUCUCCGGCUUUGAGCCUGCUUCCCCCGCCAACUUUCCCCACUCGUCCCAGAUGAUGAUGCCACAGCACUCAGGCGUCGGUUUGCAAAAUCGGCCCAUGGACAGCGCCCCACCUCAGCGCUUCGGCCAGUCCAUGGUGCCCGUUGGAUUGGACCCCUCCGCGUCUGCCGCCGCCGCCGCCGCAUACGGCCACCUUGGCUUCAACGGCUCCGUCUCGGCGACCGCGUCAAGGCGUCAACCGCAAAAGAACAACGACCAACAACAACAACCAUCAGCUCAGCCGAACGACGACGCCUGGAACGGCAUGUCCAACAGCAUGGACACCUUCCUGCAGGGUGGUGCCGACGUCAACGGCAACAUGUCGAUGGCUGCGCCCUCCAACAUGGAUUUUCAUAAUAGCAUGAACGGCUAUGAACCCGACGGCCCCAGUUCCAACAGCAGCGAAGAGUCGGCGCAGGGCAAGCGCAGACGCAUGACGUUCGGCGGCGCGCCCAUUCAUCCCAUUCAGAUGCAGGUCGGCAACAAGCCCAUGCUCAUGCACAACGACAGCACCAACAGCAGCGGCAUCAGUGAUGCACACAGCGUCGGGUCCGCGUCCAUGGCGGCAUUCGGCCAGGACGCACAACAGACUAAUCCCGUACGUCCAACGUUCCGUCAUCGUAGAUCCCGCAGUGGCUCCGAAGCGACGGGACCACCCGCCUUUGGGCAGCGCUCCUUCAGCAGCACCGAUUUCGGUCCUGGCGCUCAAGAUCUGUAUGGAAGCGGUCUCGGCUACCCACAGCCACCGUCCUUGUAUCCUGCAGGCCAGCAGCAGCAUUCGUUCGUCGGAUCGCAGGCGCUGGCAGCCAUGGGCGGCUAUGCCGCCAGCCAUCCGCCGGGUCUUGGCAGCUCCAUCCUUCGCGGCGUCGACGUCAGCGCAAGUGGCUCUUCAGCGGCCACCGACUUUACCAAGCGCAAAGGCUGGACGGGACGCGUCGUCGAAGAAUUGCUCGACUUUGUGCAUGUGCUUGACCCCGAGGGCACCAUUCUCUUUGCCAGCCCGAGCGUCCAAGGUCUCACGGGCUGGAGGAGUGAAGAGCUCAAGGGACGCAAGCUCACCGAGUUUGUACAUCCUCAGGACGCCGCCUCGGUGGAGCGCGAGAUCGACCGGAUGCGUUCCAGCAAAGGCGAACUCUUGACCUACUACCGCUUCAAGACCAAACCCGAGACGACGCGUUCCGGCAAGAAGGGCGACAAGUCGUCCUCCAAUGAGAACGAGUCGUCUGCGGGCGAAGAAAAGGACAAGAGCAACGAAAGGCGAAGCGAGGUCGAGCAUGCCGAGGCCUUCACGCGCGAUGGCGAAUACAUUGUCUUUGAGGCAACUGGUCAUCCAUACUUCCCACCCGAGCCGGUCGCCACUCCUGCCAACGCUCCUGGCAACGGCGCGAAGGGCGACGAUGAUGACGCCCAAGUCGAGGCUGGUAGCAGCAAGGGCAGGGGAUCAGACGGCGAGGCGCAAAAGGGCACCAUCAAGUCGGAGAGCAUGGCGCCAAGUCUUUCCACCUCAUCCAAAGCUGCGCAUCCACUCAGUCAGGAACAGAGGUUGCAGACGCCCACCAGCGACACCGCCAGCACGUCGCGCACACAGCUGCAAUGCUUCUUUUGCUCGGCACGGCCAUAUCCGAGCAAGAACACGAGCAUGCUUGAUUCGUUCUUGGAACUCAAGCUCGAGAAUGAAAAGCUGCGACUCCUGAUCGCCGACAUGGACUUGACAGGUCCGGACAGCGAGCACGACCGCAAUUCGUUAGCUGCUGCUUAUCACCCUGACUUGCUCAAGCAGGAGCUUGAGAACGAAGCGAUGGUAGGCGGAUGGGCGCACCCGGUCAAUCCCAUGUUCGGCACUGCUGCCGUCGGACCGGAUGGCCGUAUCCUGCCAACGCAGAUGGGCCAGCGACCCGGUCAAGCUUCGCGCCAGAAUUCGAUGGGAUCGCACCCGACCAGUCCGCUUAUGCGCACCAACAGCGCGCGAGACGAGGCACUGGCCGGCCUCGGCGUGUCUGCGGGCGACGAAUCGGACGAAGAGGGUGCUGGCAACCACGGCAGCCUGAAUGGUGCAGGCGCAGACGCGGCUGGCAGUGCGGCCGACGAUGCACGACGCAAAAAGAAGCCAAAGCAGGACGAUGGUGAUCACGUCUGUACCGACUGUGGGCGUGUCGAUUCGCCCGAAUGGCGCAAAGGUCCAUUGGGGCCCAAGACGCUGUGCAACGCGUGUGGUCUGCGAUGGGCCAAAAAGAUCAAGCGCAAGGGUGGCGAUCCGAAUGCUUCGGCGGGUGCCAUCAUGGUGCCCGGCGGCGCGAUGCCACCUGCUGGUGGCGUGGGUGGGGCCAUGAAUGUCAGCAUGGGCUCGCAUGCGAUGCCUCCUGGCUCUGCGAUGCAGCACGGACAUGCCCAUUCGUUCAAUCGAGCCAACAGCGGACAGCUCCAAGGCAUUCAGAUGGCCCCGCCCGGGUCUCUACCACCUGGUAUCAACAUGGCAGGCAUGAUCAACACGUCACCCAGCGGUUUUGCCAACCGCGGCUCUUUCGAAGAGAUGCAGCAGCAGCAGCAUCAGCAGAACAACGGCAUGGACAAUUUCGGCGGCGGCGGUGGUGGUGGUGGUCACACUUGA